AUGGAGGCACAUGACGUCGAGGAGGAGCCCGUGCGAAUCUUCGGGAUGAUCUCCAUGGUCGUGCCCGAGGGAGCCACGACCGGCACGAAGCUGCUGUACGACGCGCCGGACGGCCAGGAGCUCCGGCUGACCGUGCCCGAGGGCGUGGGGCCUGGCAGCGUGAUGUCCUUGGAGCAGGACCCGGUCAGCAAGGUUUGGCGCUGCAUGGCAGAUCCGGCGAGGAGUCCAGAGCCCGAGCCGGCCAGUGCCGCGCGGGAGGCGGGCGAUGUGCGCGGGGGCUCGGAGGAGGAGGGGCCGCGCACGUACGUCGAGCCGUUCGCUAGGAUGUAUGCCUCUGGCCGCGACACGCCGCGCAUGGCCACGCUGCCCCGGGUCACUCCUGUGCUGGAGCACCAGGCCGUGCAGAGACCGGUGAAGCUCUCCACGGUGCUCCUGCCAGCAGGCCCCGUCGCGGCCGUGCCGAAGGUGCCCUCUUUCACGCCCCCGCCGCUGGUGAUGCGGCAGGAUCAGCGGGCCUCGUGUACGCCUGCGCCGCAGGCGCCUGGCUACGCGCCGCCACCGACGGCUCUUGUCCAGGAGCAGCGGCUCUCCUACACGCCGCCGCCGCAGGCUCUCCUGGAGCAGAGGCCCUCGUACACCCCCCCGCCAGCGAUGGUGCUGCCCGCCGAGGGUCCGCUGCCCCCGGGCGUGUUCCUCGCCCGGAUGCCGGCGGAGACCAUCCAGCUGGGUGCCACCUACCUCCUGCCGUCCGCAACGCCGCCCCGCGUGACCGUGAGCGUCACGCACCACACGCAGUCCUCCCCUCGCCUGCACACGGCCGGGACCAUCGCCGCGGCCGGCGGGGCUGCGCCCGCCGUGCCCUCUGCCGUGCCCGGCUCGUCGGGCGGGUCGCUCCACGUCCCGCCCGCAGGCCUGAGCGGGGCGGGCUCUGUGAUGCUGCCGCCGCCGGGCCGGGGCCAUGGCGGCCCCGCGGCGGUGGCGCAGCCCCCCGCCGUCUGCCCUGCGGCCCGCGCCCAGGCGCCAGAGGUGCGCAUCGUUCUGCCGGCGCCUCCCGGGGCCUCUCCGGGCACGGCUGGGCGCGUGCUGCAGGGCGGCCAGCUGUCACCGAUGGUGCAGCCGCGCCUCUUGCUGCCCGCCGCUGCGCAUCCAGGGGCGGGCCCGCCGCCGCGCGUCGCGGCGGUCGCCAUGCCCUGCAGGCAUUGA